UGCCAUCUCGAUUCGACUGCACAAGAGUUUCGUCGCUGAAAAAGAAUUCGAGAACUUAUUUAUAAAUUUGGAUAGAAAAUCGCGGGAAUAUUUACGUCCAGAGCACGCCUAAAUGUUUGCAAACACGUAGCGCGUGCUUAUCAGACUAGGAUAGUUGAAACUAGAAAUAAUCCCGCAGCAUGGCAGCUAACAACAAUAGCAAUAUACACAACCUGGGCGCGGGGACGGAUAGCUUAUUGUCCUCCGUGAUUGCGUCGACGGGAACGCCAGGAAUAGGAUCAUCACCGGUACCCAUUCCCACCAGGUCCUCCUCCUCUUCCGCCGCACAGAGUGCCUGGGAUCAGCUGACGGCAAGUGCCUCCAAUAACAUGGCACCUUCACCAACGGCAGGAGCUCCCACGGUCACGGGUCCCAUAUUAACGGACAAUCCGGGCAGUGGGGCGGGCAGUUCACCAGUGGCCAGUUGUUCUUCACCAUCAACUCCUACGAAGACACAUGCUCCAUCGCCGCUAGAGAGUAUGGCACAUACGCCGCAGGGUCCUCCAACGUUGGGACCUGGUGGUUACGGUGAAGAACUUACCGCCGAGCUGGUAAACCAAGGAUGGCGAAAGUUUUGGUCCAAGCGGGAAAACCGGCCAUAUUAUUGGAACAAGGUAACAGGCGAAUCGUUAUGGGAAAUGCCCGGCAACAGACCUUUUGAUCCUCUCACCGAUCCCUUGGGAAUCUGCCAUGCGGGUGGUCCGACGCCGAUGACUCCUAAUAUGCACCAACAGCAACAGCAUCAGCACCACCACCAUCAUCUCAAGCGUCGGCCGUCGGACGACAUGCACAUCCACCCGAAUCAGCAGCAUCAUGUGGGCGGUGGACCACCGAUGAAGAAGUUCGUUCUUGCCGGACCCUGGGAUCUGGAGGUGUGCACCAAUGCGGUGAUUGUGGAGCGACCUCCCACACUUCUGCCGCAACCGCAUCCCGAGGUAGAGGCUCUACGAGCUGCCUUUAGCAUGAAGUUGCUAAAAACCUACGAGGAUCUAUGCAUGCGCAGGGAGAAUAUUAAAGCGCCAAGAGAUUCUUUCAAUCGUUGGCUUAUGGAACGCAAAGUUAUAGAUACUGGCUGCGAUCCACUGUUGCCCAGCAGCUGCCUUCCGGAAAUUUCCAGCUCGAUGUACCGUGAAAUCAUGUCGGAUAUACCUAUCAAGAUAGUGAAACCCAAGUUCACCGGGGAUGCCCGGAAGCAGCUUUCUCGCUAUGCAGAGGCUGCUAAGCAGAUUAUAGAAUCCCGAUCAGCGCCAGCUGAAUCCAAGAAGGUUGUCAAAUGGAAUGUGGAGGACACGUUCCAGUGGCUAAGACGAACUGUAGGCGCAAGCUACGAAGAUUUCCAGGAUCGUCUGGCACAUUUAAAACGGCAGUGUGAGCCCCACUUAGUAGAGACAGUUAAAAGUUCCGUUGAAACUCUGUGCGUUAAGAUCUACCAUUUGUCGGCUGAUCAUGCCCGCAAAAUUAGGGAGCGCCAUUUGCAGUUGCUCAAGGAGCACGGAAUCCCGGAACCAACACCUCCGCCCCCACCGCCACACUUGAAAAAAGUGUGGUGCUAUCCAAUACAGUUUGCCGUCCCAUCGCCACGGAUGCCGACAAUCGAGUAUUUGCAGGAUCGCGACCACAUGAUCAUCAAGUACACGCCCGCCACUAUCAAUCAGCCGGAUGCUCAGUACAUCAACCUCACCUAUCUGCAAAAACUGGAGCAGUUGUACCGCCACAACUGUUUCGAUGACAAGAAAUUCGAUCUGUUCAUCGGACGGGUGUGGUGUCUGCUCAAGAGGUAUCAAACCUUUCUGGGCAAUUCCUUGAACUCCUCCCAGGAGGCAGAGCUAACCCAGGCGGCCUUGCCAGUACCGGUGUUCGAGUGCUUGCAUCGGCAUUUUGGCGUGAGUUUUGAGUGCUUUGCCUCGCCAUUCAAUUCCUAUUUCCGGCAAUACUGCUCGGCGUUCGCCGAUACGGAUGCCUACUUCGGUUCCAGGGGACCCUUCCUGGACUUCAAACCCGUUUCCGGAUCCUUUCAAGUGAAUCCUCCUCAUUGCGAGGAGUUGAUCGAGGCUUCUUUGCUGCACAUCGACAAACUGCUCACCGACACUAUGGAGCCACUAAGCUUCAUUGUAUUUCUGCCUGAAUGGAAGAGUAUAUCUAAGCUGGACGAGAGCAUGUACAAGCGUCGCUCCAUGGUGGUAUUGGGCAUGGCCCACGAGUAUAGGCACGGCUAUCAGCACAUGUUGCAAAAAUCCGAUGUGCUGAUUAAGUGCAUGCAGGGUACCCAGGUGGUAUGGCUUCAAAAUAGCGCUGGAUACGCGCGCUGGGGACCUAACGAGAUUCGCGUAGAAGCACUUCGCGAGGCUUUUCGGCCGCAAAGAGAUCGGGAGCGUGAACGAGCUGCUGUUGCGGCAGCAGCAGCUGGCGUAAGCUCCAGCCAACAAUCGCCAUCGACGCCUCCAUCGGCCGCUUCAUCUGCUCCAACAUCUAUCACCAGUACGAACAGUGGAAUCAACAGCAGUGGUUCCUCUUCAGCCAUCACAACGAACGCAUGCAGCAGUCCGUCGCCUGCCACCACAUCGGCGUCGAUGUCGCCAUUGUCCCCGCACACGCCCACCGGGAAUCCGCCACCACAAUUUCCGAUGACCAUUAGCAAUACGAGCAGUAGCAGCAAUCUGGUAGCCGCCUCACCCACUAUGAGCGUGCAAAGCGAUUGUUCAUCGCCCUCAUCGUCAACGAUGUCCCUAUCACCGGCUCCUGCAUCAGGUGGUUAUCCGGAUGGUGGGUCAUCUGCCACAGCGGCAGCGGUGAGCAUUACAGCUACGACGAGCACAUCGACAACUGGAGCUGGUUCUGCAUUUGGCCAGACCAAUAGCAUCAGUAGUUCAGCCUCUACACAAGCGGUUAUCAAUUCAGCCGUCUAAAAGGGGGAUCCUUCUACCCAGUUAUGGUUCUAUUAUGUCCACACUUUCUGUGCACGUUCUGUUAGCAUAAACUAGGUAUACAUUUGAGAAAGAGGGAAAAACCAAUUGGGGUUCAUUUCAUACUAACGGCCAUCUUACCAAUUUCAAGAUUUAAUAUCAUGGAAUUUCUAUAAAUUUUAAUCAAAAAACGGAAGCUAAAAGUGAAAAAAAACUUCCUAAUUUCGGUAAAAGUACACUUUUUAAAAUUUCGUUUUAAAUAUUUUUGAUUGUAAUUAGGAAAACUAAAAAACAUGCAAUAUUUUUCAAAACAUAAUUGGUUAAUUUACACAAGUCAGUCAAGCCGAUUAUAUGUUGAUACCGUGUAAAUUCGGAAAUUUGAAAAUACUGAAUUAUUUGUUAUAAAUCCUUUAUAUUUUUUGUCAAAGCUUUAAUUUUCAAAUGUACACAGUGCUCGGCCUUUGGCAGCUGGUUUUGCCCCAAAUUGCAUAAUAUGAUUAAUUGUAAAUAUGUUAUAUUUAAUUUGAAAUAGCUGAUAAAUCCCGGCCUGGCCACUAUAUAUCUUAUUUAACGAGUAUGCCCAACAAACAAGGGCCAAGCUACCCAACAAAAGACUAAUUUCGCAUACUUAGUAUGGGUAGGGUGUGCUUCUUUAUCCUUGUUUCAGGGUAUUUCGCAAAAUAUAAAAUAAAAACCAAUAUUUAAAUGAA